UUUCCCAUUUCAAAUCUGCCCAAAAUUUCGACUUCUCUCAAACCAGCUUCACCUUCUUCCCUCUCAUUUUUCAUCUCCGCUCCUCACAGAUCGCCGCUCCCCACCAAUCCACCGCCAUUUUUUUGGAAUACUCCAUUCAAGCCCACUGGAAUCUCGCGUUCCAUAAUGUCGGAAGCAAGGGAUAGAUUGGAGAGACAAGUGGAUUAUGCCGAGGUAUUUGCUCGUCGGAGGUCGGAAGGUAUAUUGGACGAGCAAGAAAUGGGUUCUAAUUUGAUAGGUACUCCGAUUGCACGCGCCACUACGACGACUGCUGCUCAACAAAGGCCUACGAAUCCCGGCCCUGGUGGAGGUGGUGCGAAUCUGAGACGUACUUUUGGUUCUCCCAUUUCUGGCGGAAUUGGGCGUAAUAGAUUUCUUUAUAGAACUCCAGUGUUGAGCCGUGAGAAUCCGUCGGCUGGGAGUUCCAGGCGGAGUAGAUCUCGGGGUAGGAACAGUGUGUUACCGAUUUGGUACCCAAGAACCCCUCUUCGUGACAUAACUGCAGUUGUGAGGGCAAUCGAAAGGACAAGAGCUCGCUUGAGAGAAAACGAAGGCCAAGGAAGUGACAGUAGUCCAGCUCCCUCGGACGAAAGAGCAUUAGAGUAUAGCGUCUCCGUGGCAAGUGAUCAUCAAGAGCCGAUCAUUUCUCUGCUUACCCCAAAACCAACCGUAGGAAAAGUUCCAAAGAUUCUUCGUGGAAUCGCAAAUGAGAACACGGUAGGGGCCGAGACUCUGACUCCUCAGAAGAAGCUCUUGAACUCCAUAGACAAAGUGGAGAAAGUAGUAAUGGAGGAGUUACAGAAAUUGAAAAGAACACCAAGUGCCAAGAAAGCAGAGAGGGAGAAAAGGGUUCGCACUUUAAUGUCGUUUCGUUGAUUCAUUUCAACACUGACCAGGAUUCUUUUGGCAAAUCAUCAGAGACUUAACUCAAGAAUUUUUAGGAUCAAUCAUCUGCUGAUGAUUACUUUAGUGGUCAAGAACAGCCGUUGAUUAGAGAGGGAGAAAGAGAAUGCUCAUCUUCUGAUGAAAUCUCAUCUCUUGGAGGACUAUUAUGUUAGUUUCCUGUUAAAAAAAUGAAUCCUUUUCAUGCUUUUAGAUGAUUAGUAAGGCAUUUUUACAAAUAUAUAGGCUAUUCUUGUUGAUGUAGGGUCUGCCCAUUGUUUGUUUACUACAGAUAUAGGAUAGUUAUAAAGCAGGCCUUUUUUGGGCAGUGCAAAUGAUGUAAAUAGAAGUUUUAUUCUCUCUAGACCUUGAAAUUUUUGCCAAUCGAAAUCUUAUUAGAUGCA